GUGAAAAGGUGCGAAUCAUGUCAAAGCUCUCAAAGGUUCUCAUCACAGCGUUGCUCUGUUAUUUCAAAUGAACACUGGGACUAUUCUUUCUCUUUUAUUUGGCUGUGCCAUGUUGCAGUUGAUUCGCUGUUACAGUGAUGGAACUUUAUUGGAAGGAGAAUGUCAAGGAAUGAACAUCAACCACGACAGACCAGAACAAAACAGCGAAUCGCCGUUUACCGUCGACCCAGAGAGCAAAACCUUCAGUGAUUCAUACGUUGGAAGCAACAUUUCCGUGAGGCUUUUGACUAAAUCAUCUCCGUUUAUUGGUUUUAUGCUGGAGGCUUUUGAGUGUGAGGGGUGUGAACCUGUUGGGACUUUCAGUUUGACUGACCUGAGCAGUGCAGUCCUCCUGAACUGUAAUGGACAUUCUGGCAGAGCUGUAAGUCACAAAAAUAACUUGGAAAAAUAUUCCAUCACUGUAAAAUGGCAUGUGCCUGCGCCAGGAACCUUCCACUUCAGAGCUGCAGUCACACAGACCUACAGGGUCUUUUGGCUAAGAAAGCCGAUUCAAGCUACAACAGUAGCACCCAAAACAACCACUCAAGGAAUCCCUUCAGAAACCCCCAUCACAACAGAUGCUGCUACCACAACCAACAAUACAGUCUCUACUCUAGGUACCACUGCAAUCACAACUGCAGAAACCAAUGCAGGUACCACUACAAUCACAGCUGCAGAAACCAAUGCAACCAAUAAUGCAGGUACCACUACAAUAACAGCUUCAGAAACCAAUGCAACCAAUAAUGCAGGUACCACUACAAUCACAGCUGCAGAAACCAAUGCAACCAACAAUGCAGGUACCACUACAAUAACAGCUUCAGAAACCAAUGCAACCAGCAAUGCAGGUACCACUACAAUCACAGCUUCAGAAACCAAUGCAACCAGCAAUGCAGUCACACCACUGUGUCCAGUGCCUAUGGAUUAUGUGUUUCAGCGAUGGGUUUUAGCACUGUUAUUGUUCAGUCGUCUGUGCUUUCUUGGUGGAUGGUCUGUCCAGUUCAAUACAUCUGUUCGGAGAAAUGUCGGCAAAAUUCAGUUUGUCCUUGAAUUAGCAUCCAAAAUUAUUGCUUUCAUCCUCGUAUUGAUAAGAGCCAAAAAAGACCCUUCUGUGCGGCAGUGUGCUGGUUUCAGGGUUGAAUUUACUGCUCUGACAGGGAUUGCUAUGGUUUUAAGUUUGCUUCACACCAUCACUAUUUUCCUUUUCUGUGGACCAAGCCAUGAGUUAAGGAAGUGUUGGCUUUGUGCUGCCAUAGUGGUUCAUCUGCUAAAUACUUGCAUCACAACUGCUACAAUAUUAGUUGGAGUUUGGUGUUUUCAAGGGCGCUGGCUACCAAUAUUAAUGGGUGUUUAUGUUAUGUGGGAGAUCUUGCUUUACCUGGUCUCAUUUUUUUGUGACCAAAUAGAAAAAAAACAGAUAAGAAGACGCACUGGAGCAGGGAUUCAGAAUCAGGGUAUGAGAAGGAAGAUACUCGAGUCGAUCUUUUUAAGCUUUUUCUCUGUUUUUAAUAUAAUGUUUACAAUUGCACUUAUAAUAGGAGUCUUUGUGACCUCCAUUGUAUUGGGACAAAGAUUAGAUUAAACCAGGACCAGGAUUUAAAUCAGGACAAUUUGGCCCGGUUUCAUAGACAAGUAUUAGUUUUAGCCAGGUUAUUAAAUUAGGUUAUUUGAGUAUCUUUUAUAAAAAUGCCUUACAUAAAAACAUAUUAAUGACAUAUUAAGAGAUUUGUCAGGGCAAUUUAUUUUCUGUCAAGACAGCUCCAACUUUCAUUUUAGUCUGGGACUAGUCCUAAACCUUGUCCGAGAAACCGGGCAUAGUUACAAACAUGCCUCAAAAAUAAUUGUUAUUUGUGUGCAUUUUAAGACAAAACAAUGGCACAGAUAUAUUUUUACAUAUGUCAAUGCAAGUUGUCUAGUCAUAAGUCCUGUAUUGGAAACUCUUCUUGAAAAAAUAUUUUUGUAUGAUGAAAGCAUUAGAUUUUCUGCUAUUUUUCUAUCUAUCAUAUUACUUUAUAUAUACCUAUUUCCCCCGAGAUCUCUACUUUUUCUUGUUAUCAGUUUUUUCAGUUAUAGGUUAUUACAUUAAAGUGUAAUUAUUUAAAACUCAAUAGUAUAGAUUUGUGUAUAGAUUUGUUUUUACUAAUUCACAAUGUGCUACUUUAUGAAGCUUUUUGAUAGAAACUUUGAAGGUAACUCUUAACCUAAAGUGGCUGCAAAUUGGCAUGUAACAUGUGUAUGAUUAGAAGAAGGAAUAAAAAAGGUGAAGAUGAAUCGCGGCACAAUAAAUAUUUUACAUGUAUUUGCAACUUUUCAAAUCAGCAAAGAUUUUAAAUGAUAGCAUGUUGGUGUUGGUUCAUGCUUUUAAAUGUUGCUGUCUGAACAAUGGUCAUAUUACUUUUUGCCAUCAUCUAAGAACACUUUUCCUGAGCUGGUGAAUUUGAGUUCUGAUAGUAUUAUAAAUGUAACAAAAUUGUGCAGCAUUCCCACAUAGAUCUGCUAUAAACAUUAUUAAGUAAAGUUCACCAGUUCAUACAUAGAUAUUCUGAUAAAGUAAUGCUUGAAUACUGAAAACUGUGCUAAACAAAGAAAAUAUUGGAAUAUUAUCUGACAUUUCCUGGUGUGUCACCCCUUUCACUAAUAAAUAACUCUCUGUUUAUCUUCCUGAUUAACUUUAAUUUUAAUCUCACUGGCACAGACCCACAGAUUUUUUUUAUUAGAUCAUGAAACUAUUCAUACACAACUCUGUUGGAAAACAUUUGAUCAUUCUGUAUAUUUUGUCUGAGCGCAGAACAUUAUUUCAUGCACUGAGGAGAUUAGCAGCGUAACUUGCCACCACGUAACUUGGCAUACCAAAGGGCUGGCACUUAUCUAGUUUCAUAUAAAACCCUUUGAAUGCCAAACACCUGUUGCCUAGAUGCUGUUAAAAAUGUCAGCAACGUACAAAAAAAACAAUUACGUUACCCAUGUCAAAAUCCAGGACAAGCCAGGGCAAGGUAUGAUCUUUCAACUGUACAUUCAUAC